GAGCAUCCUGGGGGAUCUGAUGGGGGAGGGGGAGGCGGAGCCAGAGGAAAGUCACGUGAGGGGCUGAAUGAAGGCUGGCGGGAAGGGGGUUGAGGGAGGAGGAGGGCCUUCCCCACCGGGAGGGCUGCCCUCUGCAUAAGGGAGCUCUGCCUGGGGAGGGCCUGGGUUCCAGACUGGCCUCAGACCCUUCCUGUGCUCUUGGCAGCUCCCCAUUUUGUCUCUGAACCCCGAGCCUGGCCUGGCCCCCUGGAAGGGCUUCCUGGCUGGAGGAGCUCCCACUGGAGGCUGGCUGGCCCCAGAGCACUGGGAGGGACCCCCAUGCCCCUCCCCCAGCCCAAGGGGGCCUCCUGUAGCCCCUCCCCCUGAGAGCCGGGCUUUGGCUUUCCCAGUUUCUUGUCAGAUGUGGUCCACCUCGGCCUCUUUGCCACAUCCAGGCCCCCUUCCUGGUGCUCCCCCUCCCCUUUCCCUUCCUCCCCACAGCACUGACCCCCCUUCACCGGCCUGAUUCUUCUGAGAUGGUUCAAAACCCUCCCAAACCCCAGAUGGCCCCUCCUUGUGGGCCUCCCAUUCCCUCAGUACUCUAUGGGGCCCUGCUCUCCCCCAGGAGCUCUCUGCUGCCCCCACCUUCCUUAUAAUGUAUCCAGGCAGUCUGGGGGGAGGGAAGGAGGGUCUCCAUGCAGGGGGAGGGGGAUUCUCUCCUGCCCAGCCUGGUGGGGGUGGCCCAGGGAGAAGCCCAGCCCUGGGGAGGGAUCUAGGGGCAGAGAGGGGAAGUUCCAGGGGCCAGGGAUGCCUGACCCAGGAGUCCUGACCCCCAGCUCCUGCUCAGAGCUUCCUCUGGGAGGAUCCCUGAGCUCUGCCUUUCUGGCCCCCCUCCCCCAGGAACCCAAGCCUCUUCCUGGCCCCCUUCUUUGGCCUUUGGGCUGGUCCCCAUCAGGCCUUGAGGCCUUGGGCUCUCCGGCUCCUUCCCGUCAGGGAUUCCCAGCCUCAGCUGUCAGAGGGUCCCAGGCGCCCCCGACAGCCUCUAGGGAGAACCCAGCACGCCUUCCUCCUGCUUCUCCAGGCUCAGCCGCCCCAGGAACACUUGAGUCUCCCCAGGGUGCUGCCCUCCCUGCCAGGAACUCUGGUGCCCCCUGAGCCUGCCCAGCCCCUCCCCAGGCUCCCCCUCUGCUGCCCCUUCACACCCUCUUCUCUUCCCAGGCUCCCCCCUGAGCACAGGCUGCCUCUUUCCUGUAUUUCUCCCCUUCAGUGACUCAUUUUACUCUUUUACUGUCUCUGCUUUAAUGAACCUAAACCGUUCACAGGAAAAGCUGCUGGGCGGCUCCUUUCCUUGGCCUGAAGGGCUGACCUGAAUUUACUCGCCUGCCGUAUUCUCAGUAAACCUGAACCGAUUCAAGGUUCUCCCUUAUUGUGUCCAAACUCCUCAUUUAACCCUGGCAGAGACGAGGCCGGGAAAGCUGGAGGAGCUUCAGGGGGGACUCACUGGGGCUGCUUUGCUGCCUCCACAGGGAGCCUGGAGUGCCCGGGAUGGCCUUGGAGAGGGACAGACUCGCAGCCCAGGUAAGUGCAUUCCAGCCCCAGAUGGAGCCCCCUCAGCCAGGGAGGCCCUUCCCUGGCUCUGACCAAGAGGGCUGGGAAGCUGCUGCCUCCUUCCUGCUGGGCCAUGUCUGUCCCCACAUCCCAGGCAGGAGGAACAGCCCUUCCCGGCUCUCUCGGGCUCCUUCCUGUCUCCCCCUUCUCAGCCCAAGUUAGCCAGGCUGGAGGGAGACCCUGAUGUGUGCCAGGCUCAGCCCAAAGGAAGGGAGAAGCCAUCAGCCACCCUCCAUUCCCCCCUCUCCCCCCCCAGGCUGUCCAAGGAGUCCCCUCAGCAGCCGUGUCCAAACCAGCUCUGUGUGGGCAAGAUGGAGGCAGGCAUUGUGGGAGGGAAGCUCUCAGGUUCUGGGUUGAUCAUUGGUUCCUGAGGGGAGGAUCCAGCUGGGACUUGAAGGAAGCUCCCAGGCCAGAGGCAGGAGGGAGGGAGAACCUUCCCUGCAGGGACACAGACAGCCCAUGGAGAGGCCCCGAUUCAGACCGUGGAAGGUCUUGGCCAAGGAUCAGCCAGGAGGCCAGUCAGAGUCCCUGGGUCAGAGGAGGAAGGUGUGAGGGGAGAGGAAGGGGCUGGAAGGUCAGUAUAAGCCAGUGAAGCCUGUUGUAGGAAUGGUCAGGGUCCUUGCCAGGGACAGCCAGAAUCAGGCAGCUGGGGAGGCCCCAGAGAGCUCCCUGUGGCUUUUGUAUCCACUCCAGGGUGUGACCCCCUCCCUGGCCUUCUGCUGAGCUCCCUGACCAGAGAGUCUGAGGAGUUUGGGGGAGCCCAGGACAGGCCCUCACAGAAAUGGGGCCUUUUUGUCAGAAGAGGAGCUCUGAGUGUUCUUGAGCAGAGCCGUUUGUACCAGAGCCAGCAGCUGGGAACCUUCCUUCUCUGUGCAGUAGAAUUCCUCCCUGUCUAGUCCUUCCCUGGUUGGACAGGCUGGAGAGAAGGGGGUGAGUUUCUGGAAGGCCUCCGAGUUUUCUGUGCAAGUAGAGUUAGGGAGGUCCUGAGGGAGACGUCCUGGCCUUGUCACAAAGGCAUCCUGCUCAGUGGCAAAGAAUGAGAUACGCAGAGACUGGAGUGCUACGUGUUCUCCUAAAAAUCUGCUUUCAGCCACAUCUGUGCAAUAAUACUCUGGGGUAAAUGUUCUUAUUCUCUUCAUUUCACAGUAGAGGAAACUGAGGCAAACAGAUUAAGGUUCUGUGCAGAAGUUUUUCUGUUUUAAAGAAUCACGUUUCCUUUUUGUUUUGUUUUUGUUUUGUAAUUGCCUCUAUCUCAAGUUUGGCUAAGCAUUUGUGUCCUUGAACUGCAAAGUAAAACUCCUCUGAGGCACCUUCUCACGCCUGUCUAUUUGGCCAUCGUGCCAGAAAAAGGAAAUGAUCACUUCAGAGAUGUGUGAAAGCUGGGACACUCAUGCAUUGUUGGCGGAGUUGUCUAUUGAGCGACCUUUUGGGGGUCCAUUUGGAAGUUUGCCCAAAAGGCUUUCAAACUGUGCUUACCCUUUGAUCUAGGCAUGUGUCCCAGAGGGAUCCCCAACAGGGAGAAAGAACCUGUGUAUACACAGAUAUUUAUAUAGCAGGUCUUUUUGUGACAGCAGAGAAUUGGAAAUGGAGGGACCUUCAUUCACUGGAGAAUGGCUGACCAAGCUGUGGUGUGUGAUUAUAGUGUAACCGUCAGGCUAUGAGGAAUAACCGGCAGCAUCAUUUCAGAGAAUCCUGGGAAGACUUCCAUAACCUGAUGCAACAUAUGAGCAGAAGCAGGAGAACAUUUUAUAGGCUAACAGCAACGCUGUGUGGUCAGAAGCUGUGAACGCCUCGGCUGUUCCCAGCAAUUCAGGGUUGUAAGACAAUCCCAAAGGACUUGUGAUGAGAAAAACCAUCCUGGUCCAGAGAGAACUGAUGGACUUUGAGUUCAGACCAAAACGCGUUUCCCUUUUUUCUUUCUUUUGUUUUCUUUGGUCUGAGAUUUCUUCCUCAAAUGACUAAUAAGGAAACAUUUUCUGUGAUUGCUCAGGAGGUGGUGACAUUCCAGGAUGUGGCUGUGGACUUCACGCGGGAGGAGUGGUGCCUCUUGUCCCCUCCUCAGAAGGAGCUGUACAGGGAGGUGAUGCUGGAGAAUGUCCGGAACCUGCUCUCUGUGGGGCUUCCAGCUCCCCCAAAAGACGUGCUCUCUUAUUUGGAGCAGAGGGAUGCCCCAAGAAUGCUGGAGCAAGAAAGCCUGAGGAGCUGCCACCCAGAAGGAGAGGUUAAACCUGAAAGGAAGGAGAAUCCAACAGAAGUGAGCCUUCCUGUAGAAGAAAUGGACCUUCAAAGAUUCAUGAGUGAUGGUCCCAAUAACUUUACUUCUAGGAAAUUUUGUGUUGGACCUCAAAAUUCAUCUCAUAUUGAACAUCAAAGAAUGCACCCUGAGGAAAAAUCUAGUGAAAGUAAUCAGUGUAGAAAGACUUUUAUGUAUAGGGCCAGUCUUGCUAGACAUCAGAGAAUCCACUCUCUUAAGAAACCUUAUGAAUGCAACCAAUGUGGAAAGACAUUCAGUCAGAGCUCCAGUCUUGCUCUACAUCAGAGAAUUCACACUGGGGAGAAACCUUAUGAAUGCAACCAAUGUGGAAAAUCAUUCACAGGCAACUCCUCUCUUGUUGUACAUAAGAGAAUCCACACUAGGGAGAAACCUUAUGAAUGCAACCAAUGUGGAAAAAAAUUUAGUCAGACCUCUAGUCUUGCUGUACAUCAGAGAAUCCACACUGGGGAGAAUCUUUAUGAAUGCAACCAAUGUGGAAAGUCAUUCACAGGUAACUCCUUUCUUGCUGUACAUCAGAGAAUCCAUACUGGGGAGAAACCUUAUGAAUGCAACCAAUGUGGAAAGACAUUCAGUCAGAGCUCUAGUCUUGCUGUACAUCAGAGAAUCCACACUGGGGAGAAACCUUAUGAAUGCAUUCAGUGUGGAAAGGCAUUCAGUCAGAGCUCCAGUCUUGCUGUACAUCAGAGAAUCCACACUGGGGAGAACCUUUGUGAAUGCAACCAAUGUGGAAAGACAUUCAGUCGCAGUGCCUAUCUUGCUGUACAUCAAAGAAUGCACACUGGGGAGAAACCUUAUGAAUGUAACCAAUGUGGAAAGACAUUCAGUCAGAGCUCCAGUCUUGCUAUACAUCAGAGAAUCCACACUGGGGAGAAACCAUAUGAAUGCAACCAAUGUGGAAAGGCAUUCAGUAUGAGCUCCAAUCUUGCUUACCAUCAGAGAACACACACUGGGGAGAAACCUUAUGAAUGCAACCAAUGUGGAAAGGCAUUCAGUAUGAGCUCCCAUCUUGCUGUACAUCAGAGAAUGCACACUGGGGAGAAACCAUAUGAAUGCAACCAAUGUGGAAAGACAUUCAGUCGCAGUGACUAUCUUGCUGUACAUCACAGAAUGCACACUGGGGAGAAACCUUAUGAAUGCAACCAAUGUGGAAAGGCAUUCAGUAUGAGUUCCCAUCUUGCUGUACAUCAGAGAAUGCACACUGGGGAGAAACCAUAUGAAUGCAACCAAUGUGGAAAGACAUUCAGUCGCAGUGACUAUCUUGCUGUACAUCAGAGAAUGCACACUGGGGAGAAACCAUAUGAAUGCAACCAGUGUGGAAAGUCAUUCACAGCAUAUUCCAGUCUUGUUCUACAUCAGAGAAUGCACACUGGGGAGAAACCUUAUGAAUGCCAGCAGUGUGGAAAGGCAUUCAGUCAGAGCUCCCAUCUUGUUGACCAUCAGAGAACACACACUGGGGAGAAACCUUAUGAAUGCAAACUAUGUGGAAAGACAUUCCGUCAGAGCUUCAAUCUUGUUCUUCAUCAGAGAAUACACACUGGGGAGAAACCUUAUGAAUGCAUUCAAUGUGGAAAGGCAUUCAGUCAGAGCUCCAGUCUUGCUGUACAUCAAAGAACCCAUACUGAGGAGAAACCUUAUAAAUGCAAGCAGUGUGGAAAACCAUUUGCAAGUAACUCUAGUCUUGCUGUACAUCAGAGAAUCCACACUGGGGAGAAACCUUAUGAAUGCAAGCAAUGUGGAAAGGCAUUCACAAAUAACUCCAAUCUUGCUGUACAUCAGAGAAUCCACACUGGGGAGAAACCCUAUGAAUGCAACCAAUGUGGAAAGACAUUUAGUCAGAGCUCCAGUCUUGCUCUCCAUCAGAGAAUCCACACUGGAGAGGAACCUUAACAAUAUAAGCUAUGCGGAAAGAUGUUUACUUGCAGCUCCAGCCUUGCUAAUGUGUGAAGGAAAGUUACUCUCUGCCUUUCUGGGGCAGCAUACCUGGCAUGAGCCUCAACAUGACUCAGGCAAGGAUUGUGUGAUGGAAACUAUUGAGUAAGGAUAGAAUGGCAGCAGGGAAAAGGAAGCAAUAGUCAAGAGAUCACAAGAUGAGUGCAGGCUGAUGUCCCCUGCACCGCCCCCUGGAGUACUACCCUGGGAGGCCCAGGAAAAAAAAUAGGAAGCCACGGUUGGCUCCUGAGGUGAGAUGUGUGAGAAUUAGGGGAUGGAGAAAUGGUUUGACAAACUAAGAUAAGAGCUGAAAUCCAAGCUCAUCUUUUUCAGUCUUCUUGCUGACUGGACUUCCCUUUGAGCAUGGCCCAGUCACCUUAAUGUUGGCCACAGAAUAACAAGCUAAAUGCAGCAGUGAGGAAAGUAUUUUUCCAUCUUUUUCCCCUACUAUGUUAGAUUAAAUAUAAUUAAUUUAGGGCCAAUCUCAUAAUUUUCCUUCUUAUACUAUACAUCACAGAAACCAGACAUUCACACUGAGCUCUUACCUUGCUCAAAAUCAGCAGUUCACGCUAGUAUGUCAUAAGCUCUACCAAGAUUAUUUCCAAAUGGUCAUAUUAUUUAGCCCUAAAGUGUGAUCCCAUAAGCAAAUUAAGGGAGCAUAGAAUAGUUUACUUUUCAGGUAGGAAGAAUAUAUGACCCAAUAAGAAAUAAUGUUAAGAGGUAUAAAAUAGGUAAUUUUUAUUAUGUUAAAUUCUAAACUCUGUACAAACAAAAAUUAUACAACUAAGAUUAAAAGUGGAAACAAGAAGUCACUUGUUUUACAACAUGUCUAAUUUAAUACUUAAGUUUUAAAAAAAUUUAACCCUGUUCUUGAAUGCCUUAAUUCAUCAUUUCAUGGCAUCUAGAUCUAAAGAGGAGUUAAUUUAGGAAGGAAAUAAUGUCUUUGCUCUAUAGAAAUUGUAAUUAGCAUCAUUUCCUAUAUAAGGUUUUCCAAAAAUUCCUAUAAAAUAAAAAUUAUCCAAUGACUUCCGUUCAAUUGAAUGCAUUAGAAAAUCUCCACGUCUCUUAUCAGCUUGACACUCUGUACUGAUUGCACUUAGAGGCCAGUGUAACUCCUCUUUCUAAACCUAUCAGUUACAUAUCAAAUCUUAAGUCUAUUUUGCAUUAAGGUCUGUGCAAUAUAUGGUGAAAAUUUAUCACACCAGUACAGAAUGCUAAGCUGAAUAGGAUUGUGGGGAGGAGGCCAGACUCCCAAUUAAGCCAGGCCCUGGUCAAGAUCAAGAGCAGAGACCCCUGAGCCUUAGCAGAUCGCCUUUUUUAUGCCAAAAAAAAAAAUCUGAUGGCAGUCACAGAAAAUACAGUAGCAAUGAAACUAGAAUGGAUGCAAGAUCCUUCAUAUGGGCAUCUUAAUGACACAAGUACUGAUUAAUCUGGUAAGUGUAAAAACAAUCAUUAUGAGUGGUAACUUGGCAGUACUCAACCAGGUUCUUAUUUUUACUAAUGAUUAUGGUGGAAUGAUAGAAGUCAGUAGUUUUGGUUAACUGAUAUGUGAAAACAAGAGUAGCCCUCCACCUCCUGUGUGACUUGUCUUUUUUCUACAAAUGACCAUCCUUCCUUUUUUGUCUCACCAUCUUGUUAUACACUCAAGAGGAGUGUGGCAGGAUUUAUGGAAUCUCCUGGGUUACAAACUCAUGAUCAGGAUGUAAACAAGAUUUGAUAGCACCCCAAAUUAGUUUUCUUACAUAAUGAUUAUAAUUUUUAUGAAGCAAAUAAUAUUAUGACUAUGAACUCAAAACUAAUUGUGUUAUAAAAAUAAUCAUGAAAGUUAAUACUAUUAUAAUCAAAAGAGGGUAGGGGAUUUCACACUCACACAUACAAGGUCAAAUACAAUGAUCCUAAUAAGAAAACAGUUGUGAAUUGAAGUGCUACUACACUAUAGUUGAUUUUAAAACAGUUCCAUCAAAUCUAGAUUCAGCCUUAUAAAUGGUACCCCACAGAGUCUCAAGAGACAUUUGAUGUCAGCACCUCAAAUGAUAGGACCUCUACUUUCAGAUUAGUCUACUACCCAGGGUUUAUGGAUAUCUACCUGCUCAGUAGGAAGGUCUGAGUCCUGGACAUGGAGGGAAAGAGGCAGAUGUGGAAGAGUUGGAGAAAGUAGAGCCCCAGAGAUAAACAUGGGUAGUGGCCCAAGUAGAAUUCAAACCCUGGGGCAGAAUUGAAGGCCUGGGGAAUAAUGAGAUCUAGGACCCUCAGAAGGAAAGCUCUAAGAGUUUUAGGGACCAAGAGAAACUUCUCAGAAAGUGAGAUGCUGCCUGAGAAGAAUGAAUUUAUGAGGUUGAGGUGAGCAUGGAAGAUAUAUCCCAAUCAGUGGAGAUAACUAAGGAAAAGGCAGAGUUAUAAGGUGGAGGGUCUUGACCAAGAAUCAUCCAGGAGGCCAGUAUCACUGGGUCAGAGACAGAGUAGGGAGGAGUUCUUGUGGGAGAAACACACCCAAGUUUGUAGAAGAAUCUCAGCCCAAGAAUGAGAGACUCAAAUUCUGUUCAAUUUGUAAGAAAAUAAUUUUAUUUGAGUAAGUAAUUUGUGGUUGUAUAAUAACUGGUGGAAUAGUCUGGAGGCUAAUCAGGUAGCCUCAGGGCUGAUGGACAAGUCCAGGGGCUAGUAGAGAAAUCUCUUUGCAGCUUCAUGUAUUGAGUAGCAGGCACAACUGUAAAAGAGCUGCUUCCCAGCUCUGUGCAUUAGGGUUGGCAUGUUUAUUAGGGCCAGGGAGCUUGUCAUCUUCCAUUCUGGAGAAAUCCUCACCUUUCCUGAAAACCCUGGAAGGGGGGCAUGGCUAAAUUCAGGUGCAGGUAUGUUUUAAAGUGUGAUGUCAUAGGGAAUAAGGAGCAUGUGCAAAUUUGGAGGAUUCCUCUGGAAUGCCAGAGCCCCAGUAUGCAAGCCCCUUGUUCUAUACUGUCCACCUUAUCAUCGCUGGUCAAUGUGGGAGAGGUCUCCCUGUCCUGAAAUGAGAACAUGGGGUGGGGGAUUUGGCACCCUUGAGGACCUCUAUAGGUAGUUAAUGAUGUUACAGUUCUGUGAACCUUAAAAAAUUCUCAGACCCUACUUCAUAAGGUUUGGUUAAGACCAUUCCCCAUUUAAACAAUGAAGGACUUAGAUCAGGAAUGUGAGACCUCUACUCCACCCCUACUUAAGGCUGCUUUAGGGGAAGAAACUCCUUGCUGAACAAUGAAAAAUACUUAAACCCAUACUUAUAGUAAGGCAAAAGUUCUUAAGCUGUGCCUGUUUUUAGAUCUAAUACAAAGGGGUGCUAAGUACCUAUAAAGGUCAGGCAACUUGUGAACUUACAAGGAGUAAAGAGGUGAGAAACUUACUCAGAGGUUUUUUCAGGUGUGAAUUACUCAAAAGUUUAGCUUUCUUAGGUGUGAAUUAAGAAUGGUCUGUCCUUUGUGAUUGGUAGAUGUGAGAACUUAGGGGAGGUGACAUAAGAGAAAAUUCCCUUUAAAAGGAGACGAAAAACUCUUUCUCGGGGACAGUCUCAGGGAGAGUCUCAGAGGAACUCUGGAGAUGGCAGCUGGCCAAAGCUGAACUGGUGUCUCUCUGAACACUAGAACCCUUGCUUGGAAAAAAAUCUUGUGGUGAGUGGAUAAAAGACUAACUAAUCUUUCUCUUAGGACUUGGGCCUGGGUUGGCCAGGGCUGGCCUGGGUCGGCCUAUCUUUUUCUUAUUAUUUCCUUUUUCUCUCUCUCUCCCUUUCUUUAAUUCCUCAUUUGUAUUAAAAUCUCUAUAAAACCCA